GGGGGGAGCCACAGACUGGCAGGCGACCAUUUUGGGUUAGUAGUGAGGCGAGUGGAGGAGAGAGCAGUUGGUGGCAGUUGACGGAGGACAAGGCGAGGCAGUCAGUGGAUUCUUAUUUUCUCAGUUUCUUAUUUCAUUUAUUACUUGUUUUUCUCUUCUUGAAGAUGUGCCACAGGCUUUCUUCAUCCAGCAAUGGUGAGUAUUGGAGGAAACAAGAGUAGGGAGAGGAUCCCUCAGACCUGCUCCCCGCUGCCAGGACUCUCACUUGUGAGGAACUGGCAGCCUGACUUGCUGGAGCCGGAGCAAGAUCUCUUGCUCCAGGUGAUGCAGAGCUGCCAGGCAGCUGCCCUGAGAGGCCUCCACGCCCUUCAGGUGUCCAAGCACUGGACAGCAGAGGCCGUUCUGGGGAGGGACCCCCAUGGGGAGGUGGGGGAGGGAGGGGCUUUGGGGAAGGGGUUGUCCGUCUGCCGGAGAGAAGGACCCUCCUGGCUUACGUUCACGUAUCCUGUUUGAACGGGGAAUCAUCUGAGGGACUUCCUGUGAAAAUCUGCGUCAGGAAUGCGGUUCCUACAAUGGAGGCAUGUGCAACAUGGCUAUACUAUGGAACUGUAGUAGGCUCCAAUUUGGACUUUAUGAACAUAUGUGGAACAGAAACUAGCAGACACUUGGUCUUUAUGAAUGAACUGAUUUAUUGGGACUUCCGUCUAUAUUAUUGCACUUUAUGUGUUGUUUAUGUGCAAGAUAAACAUUUGAUGUUGUGAUAAGAAUAUAUAGAAGAGUAUUGUUUAUGUGAAUGAACAGCCGGUUACGUCUUGUGUGUUUGUCCAUUCCAGGAACAGCAUUCCUGACCCAGAUGUUCACAGGAAGUCCCUAAGAUGAUUCCCUAAGAAUAUAUAGAAGAGUAUUGUUUAUGUGAAUCCACAGCCGGUUACGUCUUGUGUUUGUCGAAUGUAUUUCAUGUAAUAACAAGAUGCUGUUUUGCAAAUUCCUAGAAUGGAGGCAUGUGCAACAGGUCAAUCGCGAUCUACUGGUCGAUCCACAACUCUGGUCAAUGCUCCCUGAGAAAAGCUCAACAACUCUGGCCAAAGACAAUGGGUAGAUGACUGGCAGGUUUUUAUUACUGGGAGUAGAUCUCAGCAUCUUGGAAGUUGGACGUCCCUGCUACAAUGCAUAGGUAAAGGUAAAGGGACCCCUGACCAUUAGGUCCAGUCCUGGACGACUCUGGGGUUGCGGCACUCAUCUCGCUUUAUUGGCCGAGGGAGCCGGCGUACAGCUUCCGGGUCAUGUUGCCAGCAUGACUAAGCCGCUUCUGGCGAACCAGAGCAGCGCACGGAAACGGAAGGCGAAGGGGUAGAUUUAAGAGACCAAAUUCCCAAGGGCAUAAAACCUUUUCAGUCAGUUUAAAAUCCACUUUCCCAGUUUGAUGUCCUAAGACAUAUACCUCAUUCAGCCCACAUUUUACCAGCUUCCUCACAUAAAUCUCACAGAGGACUCUGUUAAAAGCCUUACUGAAAUCGAGGUGCACUAUUUCCACAGCAGUUCCCUGAUCAACAAAGUUUGUAACUCCAUCCGAAAAAAGAAAAGAAGAAAAGGAGAGAUUUCUCUGGCUUGACUUGUUUUUGAGAAAGCCAUGCUUUCAUCCUGCAUGUUGUAAAAUCUUCAGAUGAAGGGCAAAUAAAUUUAAAAAAGAAUAAAUGAGGAUAUUGACAUGUGCAAAGCAAGGCGAUUUAUGUCUUCAUUUAAUUUGGAAACCACCCGACCCAGUGGUGCCGACUUGAAUAAAAUAUUGGUGGAGGGCCAGGUAAGGCCCGCCUUGCGCUAUCAAUCACAUGAUGCAUGCACACCAUUUGAAUGGCAAUGCCUAUAAUGGCAGCAACUUUUUAAAAAAGUAAUAUUUUGAGCCCGUAGUUCAAUUUCCCAGCAGCUCCCCUUGCCCCGCAGAACACUUCUAGCAUUCCAUCUCCUCUACCUGUGGCAUUCUUCAGCAGUGGGGAAAGUGACCUCUUCACAACGGAUUUCCAUUUGGUAUGGCCCUUUCCAGAUUUUUCCCUGCCCCUUGUGUUUGUCUUUCAUUUGUUUUCUCAUAUGUGUGUUGCCAGUAGAAGCCACAAUUCUGUGGGUACUCUAGGUGGUGCAGAAAGCACCUAGAACCUCCCUAGAGGUUGAAGUGCCGAUCAAACUUCAGUCUUGUGCUCUAUUAAUUCCAAUUGGCAGUACUGGGGGUGGUUCAGAUUCUGGGGCAGUGCUUUUGGCCAGCAGAGGGUGUCACAAGGCCAGCCUACUUUCCCUUUAAAGCAAACUUGGGUGUCCAGCUGGUUUUGGACUACAACUCCCAUCAUCCCUCGCUAGAACCAAUGGGGAGGGAUGAUGGAAACUGUAGUCCGGGAGCUGCUGGGGACCCAAGUUUGGGAAAGCCUGCUUCAAAGCAACUUUUCCAUCUUGCCCGCAAAGAUGGGACCUGUCCAUGUUUGUAUCUUCUUGUAUUUUGUUUUCCUCAUGACCUUUGUGCGUUUAUUUUUAAGAGGGCAAAUUGAAAGAGAAAUUGUAUGGCAAGUUGCAGAAGAAUAAAAGGUUGUGUUUGAAAAAACACACCAAAAACUGGGGGUGGCAUCCUUAAAUAUUUUAUUGGGGGUGGGGCAAAGACCUCUAGGCCUUUAAGAGUUGGCGCCUAUUCCCUACACCCACAGGUCUCAGGAUGGUUCCAACAUAAAAAAACAAGAAACAAAAAAACAACCACAUAUUAAAAGGGCAUUAGAUGUCAAUCAGCCAAAAGCCUGGUUAAAAAGGUGCGUCUGCCUGGUUCCUAAGGCUGUAUAAUGGUUUUUCCGGCCAUUGUAUGGAUUCUUUGAUGGGAAGUAAGAUUGGCACUGUGACUGAAGCUCUUUCCACAUUCUACACACUGAUAGGGUUUCUCCCUGUAUGAAUUCUUUUAUGGGAAAUGAGAGAGGAACUAUCUGUGAAGCUCUUUCCACAUUCCACACACUGAUAGGGUUUCUCCCCUGUAUGAAUUCUUUGAUGGGAAGUGAGAUGGGAGCUCUGACUGAAGCUCUUUCCACAUUCCAAACACUGAUACGGUUUCUCCCCUGUAUGGAUUCUUUGAUGGGAAGUGAGAUUGGAGCUCUUCCUGAAGCUCUUUCCACAUUCAACGCACUGAUAGGGUUUCUCCCCUGUAUGAAUUGUGUGAUGGGAAGUGAGAGAGGAGCUACAUGUGAAGGUCUUUCCACAUUCCACACACUGAUAGGGUUUUUCCCCUGUAUGAAUUAUUUGAUGGGAAGUGAGAGAGGAGCUAUUUCUGAAGCUUUUUCCACAUUCCAUGCACUGAUAGGGUUUUUCCCCUGUAUGAAUUCUUUGAUGGGAAGUAAGGGAGGAGCUCUUCCUGAAGUUCUUUCCACAUUCCACGCACUGAUAGGGUUUCUCCCCUGUAUGAAUUGUUUGAUGGAAAGUGAGACUGUGGCUGUGAGUGAAGUUCUUUCCACAUUCCACGCACUGAUAGGGUUUCUCCCCUGUAUGAAUUCUUUGAUGGGAAGUGAGAUUGGAGCUCUGACUGAAGCUCUUUCCACAUUCCACACACUGAUAGGGUUUCUCCCCUGUAUGAAUUCUUUGAUGGGAAGUGAGAGAGGAGCUACAUGUGAAGGUCUUUCCACAUUCCACACACUGAUAGGGUUUCUCCAGUGUAUGAAUUCUCUGAUGCUUAGUGAGAUUGGAACUCUUCCUGAAGUUCUUUCCACAUUCCGCGCACUGAUAGGGUUUCUCCCCUGUAUGAAUUCUUUGAUGGAAAGUGAGAGAGGAGCUCUGACUGAAGCUCUUUCCACAUUCCACACACUGAUAGGGUUUCUCCCUGUAUGAAUUCUUUGAUGGAAAGUGAGAGAGGAGCUCUGACUGAAG